CGCCGAGUCUCGAGGCGUGCCGUCGCGUAUCCCCGGCGUAGCCCAUACCGCAACACUCGCGUGUCCUGCCGUGCCUUGUGUGCACUCGCGCGCGUCCCUGCGCACGCGCGCGCCUGUGUGUGAGUGUGUGUAAGCGUGAGUGCGUGCAUGCGUGCGCCCGCAAGUGCUUGUGCGUCUAGCUCAUCAUCAGCAUCACGAGGACCACCACCAGCAACGGCAUUGUCAAGCGCCCUGCUAAACGUCUCGUCUCGCCUUCAUCACUUGUGAUAUGAUGGUCUGACGGCCAGGGUCGCCAUGGUGCUGGACGCCCUGGACGCCAUGCCGCAGCCCGCCGAGGCGCUGGGCGGCGGCGUAUUCUGGUCGCUGGGCGGCGUGCCGCUCCGCGUGGACUGCAUCCGCCUGUCUGGUGCCGUGACCCAGGUGCACUGGGACGCCGUGGCCGAGUUCCUCCGUCGCGUGUCGUCCCAGCACCUCGUGCUGCCCGGCCUGCCCGCCCCCGACGCCGCCGCCAAGGGCUGCGAUGAACCACCUGCACCGCCGCCGUCCGUCGCCCCAGCGCCGCCCCCGGCUCGUCGCCAGCGGCGCGUCAGCGACACGGAGGCGUGGACGCACAUCACGCUGGACCCCCGGCGGCCCGAAGAGCAGGAGCUAGACUCCAGUCUAACCUCUAGCGAGUCGGGCCUAGGGUCUGAGACGAGCCUGGACCCGACCACGCCCAGCCGAACGCCCAGCCCGGAGAUGGACUCAGCGCUCGCCAGCAAGGAUGCCUCGACCGACUGCUGCCCGACCGUCAGCCCCGACUCGCGCCAGGUCUCGGACACCAGGCCGCGACGGCGCAGCAGCGGCACGCAGACGUGGCCCGGCGACCAGGCCGGUGGUGAGCACGCCGACGAGGAGGUGGAGGAGCCGGCGCUGGACGCCAGCCCGACGGCCGCCUCGGUCAUCAGGAGGAAGCGACGCGCCAGCGCCACGCAGACGUGCUCGAUGCUCUCCUGGCCCGCGCCGCCGCCCACCCCUGCACAGCCACCGGCCUCCGCGCCGCCGCCAGCCCCUGCGCUGCCGCCUGCCCCCGCGCCGCCCUCCGCACCGCAGGCCAUGAAGCGCAAGCGGCGUGUGAGCCCGGUGCAGGCGUGGGCCACGCCGUUCGAGAGGCGCCUGUCGGACGCGUCGCAGGCCGAGGACGAGGAGCCCAGCUGGCAGAGACUCGUGCUGCGGCGGCCCGGCUGGCCCGAGAAGGCCCUGGCCGAGGCCGAGAGCUGCGCCGAGCGGCAGCAGGAUACCCUGGCCGCGAUGCACCGCGAGGCGCUGUUCAAGGCCGAGGCCCGCGACGCCCGCCGCGACGCCAAGCGCGCCUGGAUCGGCAGCCGCCUGUUCCACCACCGCGCCGAGGAGGCGGCCCUGCUGGCCUCGGAUCGAGCGUCCGAGGUGAUGUCGAGCGUGGAAGAGGAGCCCGAGGGGUCGGCCUCGCCCAUGGCCUCCAACACCGGCAAGUGGAGACAGCUGCGGAGACAGCUCUGGGCCAACCUGCGCGCCCUCAGCACGAGCAGCGGCAGCAGUCUGGAGUCGGAGGAGGAGAGCGGCGUGGGCAGGAACCGGAAGCUCAGCUCGACGUCUACCUCAUCGUCCUCAUCAACGUCCUCGUCGUCCACCACCGGGGAGGACCGGCUCGCCAAGCCGCCGCCCCGGCCCAGGCCGCGCCUCAUCCAAAUAUGGUACUUUGGCAAGAUCAAGCGCAUCGAGGCAGAGAAGAAGCUGCUGCUGCCAGAGAACGAGCACGGCGCCUUCCUCAUCAGGGACUCGGAGAGCCGAAGGAACGACUACUCGCUCUCGGUUCGGGACGGAGAUACGGUCAAGCAUUACCGGAUUCGCCAACUGGACGAGGGGGGAUUUUUCAUUGCUCGCCGCACCACUUUCCGCACUUUGCAAGAACUGGUAGAACACUAUAGCAAGGAUGCUGACGGCCUCUGCGUGAAUCUUCGAAAGCCGUGUAUUCAGAUUGAAAAGCCUGUCACUGGAGGACUAUCACAUUCAACACGUGAUCAGUGGGAAAUAGACCGCCAAUCAUUGAAAUUUGUUCGUAAGCUUGGGCAUGGGCAGUUUGGAGAGGUGUGGGAAGGUCUUUGGAACAACACAACCCCUGUUGCCAUUAAAACCUUAAAACCAGGUACCAUGGAUCCUAAAGACUUCCUUGCAGAAGCACAAAUAAUGAAAAAACUACGACAUACCAAACUCAUCCAAUUAUAUGCUGUGUGUACCAUGGAAGAGCCAAUCUAUAUUAUCACAGAGCUAAUGAAAAAUGGGAGCUUGUUAGACUUUCUUCAAGGCAAAGGACGUGGGCUUAAACUCGCUCAACUGAUAGAUAUGUCUGCUCAGAUAGCUGCUGGAAUGGCAUACCUUGAGUCUCAGAAUUAUAUCCACCGUGAUUUGGCCGCUAGAAAUGUAUUAGUUGGAGACAAUAAUAUUGUGAAGAUAGCUGACUUUGGCUUGGCUCGUUUGAUCAAGGAGGAUGAAUAUGAAGCUCGUGUUGGUGCACGUUUCCCCAUCAAAUGGACUGCCCCAGAAGCUGCUAACUAUAGCAAAUUCUCAAUCAAGUCAGAUGUUUGGAGUUUUGGUAUUCUCUUGACUGAGUUGGUAACUUAUGGACGCAUACCUUAUCCAGGUAUGACAAAUGCUGAGGUUUUGCAUCAGGUGGAACAUGGGUAUCGCAUGCCCUGCCCUAAUCAAUGUCCUAGUGCUUUGUACGACAUCAUGCUGGAAUGUUGGCACAAGGAUCCCAUGAAGCGGCCAACCUUUGAAACUCUUCAAUGGAAGUUGGAAGAUUUCUUCACCAUGGAGGGUUCUGAAUACAAAGAAGCUUCAUCAUACUGAGACCGCGCCCACCUCCCCGACUGGCCCCAUGCCUUGCGAGUGCCUCAUGGCACGUUGCCGGGCUGAAAUUUGGUAAUUUCAUCUUUGUGUGUGCACUUUUGGUAAAGUGUCAACAAGCAGUGUUAAGAAAUUCAUUCUAAAUGUCUAUUAUUCUGAACUGUCUUUUUCCAGGUCAGUCUCAUCGUACCUGACCAAGUUGCCUUCUUAAACUGGGCCGAGAUAGGGGAUAGGUGGGCAAUCUAGUGUACUCAUUUGUGUAACACUAAUCACAAUCCAACCUUUUCAAAACAAAAGUCAAGCAGUGUUACCAUUACAUCAAAGAAGUUGGCAUUACUAUUAUUAUUAUAUUUUGGUGCUUGACUUCUAGAAGCACAGAACACUUAAUUGUAGUAAAUAACAAACACAUAUUGCUCACUCAUAGUUGUUGAUUGUCUUCUUAUUUAUUUAAGACAUUAUUUUGAACUUUCACUUUUUGGUAAUACCGUUUCCAUGAACAGUAAAGAAGAGACUGAUGAGGAAGGGUCUUAUCUUGAAGUGAUGCUUUUUAUUUUACGUAUUUUUCAGCAGUGAGUCUUGAUAUUGUACAUCAUUCAGGCCUCCUCAGCUUGCUAUAUCAUGUUUUGGACUGAUUAGUGUCACCAGUGAUAGUGUGUUUGAUUGCUUAUUUUAGUAUGAUGCAUUUACAAGUAGAACAGAUGGUUUCGACCCAAGUUUUGUUUGUCUUUCCAUUGUAUCGUUUUUUUGUCCUCUUUGACAAGCCAUAGAUAGCUCUCAUCAAUAUAACCCAAAUUGUAGUAGGUAUGUACAUGCUUAGCUUGUAAUAGGCACUACAAGUUAUGAUUUAAAGCUUUGACAUUACUUGUUAUUGAUAAGCAUGUUAGGAAUUCAGGAUUUUUAUGUUAUUAUUUUUGUAUAUACAUAAAGUCAGCACUGUCUCAUGUGCUAUUGGCAUCUGCCAGUAUUACUACUUUAUGACAUGCAUUUAGUUUAAGAUUUGCUGACAUUGUAUGAUCAAUAAUUUUUGUCCAUUUAGAUACUAAAUGGAAUCUAUAAUACCUAGUUUCAUUCUUACAUCUUAUCCUUGUUUUUAUUAUUUAUCUUAAUUGCGUUUUGUACUAAGUCUUUUGUAACUUUCUUCAUUUACGUACCUCUUGCCUUGUUGGCUUAUCAACAUAAAUUGUUCUUACUUUUAUUUUUUAUUUUAACUUUAUAACAUGGACGAGUCCAAUGUAAAAUCAUGAGGAAAACCAUUCUCUUUAAUGUCUGUCUUCUUAACUUUUCAAUCUAAUGUAUUUGUUUGAGAAGCAACAUCAUAGUGUAUAAAAAGUGGAAGACCGCUAGGGUUAAAGUGAGUGAUAGUGUAAGUUGCAAUAAACAUAAGCCUCUUGCAUUAAACUGUAGAACAAACCGUACAGUAAUUUUAGAUAUAUUUCUCUUCAUUUGUAUAUAAUAUUUUCUAAUUUGAGCUACCAAAUUCAUUGUUCACCAUGUGUAGUCUCAUUUAUUGUAUGAUUUGUUUAAGGCAGGUGAUGAGACCCAAAUUUUUAAUUCUGGUCUCUUGCACCAUUUUUAAUUGAAUUUAUUAUUGUUUGACAUUGAUGAAUGUAAAUUGUUGUUGUGUGAUAUGUGUGUCUCAAAUGCACAAAUGCAUCUAACUUUCCAUACUUCUUGGAAAAAUUGUAAACAUUUUUUACUUCCCUUUUUUUUUUAUCACAGAGAUGUUAUGUGUCAUCCUGUAUCCUCUUUGUGCUUUACCAUUUUUGCUUCAUGAUUUUUUUCUGUUUUGUUUCUCAUUUAUUUGAAUUAUUGAAUGUGAUAACUAUUUGUGCUUAGUGAAUCCAUUACUGUUUCUGAAAGCAGUUGAUGAAUUCGGUCCUUAUUAGCCAAUCAGUACACUAAUGAAUAUACACCAAUUUUUGUCUCUUGAAUGGGGUUGAGCCAAAAGUCUUUUGUGUUUUGUGAAUUUGCUAAAAUUACUGUGGCUGCUGGCAUCCUUUAAUUGCAAGGAGUCGCUAACUUUUGACUACUAGCCUAAAACAGUAGCCUCCUGUGAAUUUCAUAUUACCCAUCCCCAUCCGUUCCUGAACCCCCUGUGAAAAAUUUAAAGUAUCAACAAAAGCUAUCUGUAUUACAAAUUUCAAAGAAAAGUUGAAACAUUUUCUGUUGCCAAAUGUAGUUAUUCCGGUUACUGAGCCUUGGAUAGAGUUGUAUUUGACUGUUCCUGUAAUUUUUAUAAAGAAUCUUAUGGUUUGCAUUAUCCAAGGACUUCAAUGUUUUGAUAAUUGUUUUUGAAUGUUUAAUGAAUAUUGAUGGGUUGUUUAAAAAACUGGAAUGCACAUUCAGAACUUUCAAUCACAUGUAGACUGAAAUAUUUCAAGCUAAUAGGUUAUAUACAUGUACUUCUUCCAUCCAUGUGUAAGCAUAUGGAUCAAUUUUCAUCUGACAUCAAUUUUGUUGUUUAGAGAGUCCAUAUAGUUAUGUCAAAUUGACAAUUCUGAGAAAUUGAUAUAAAAUAACUGGUAGUAGCUUGCAAAGUUUUUAGAGAAUUCUUUACUGUGAAAGACUUCUUUUCUAUUUGUAAUCGAAUACAUUUACUUAUCAGUCGAAUCUAUAAUCACUGCCAGCUACUAUUCUAUAUCCAAAUCAUUAUGAAGACUUUCUGAAAAUACAUUGUAAAGGCUAGUUUUUUUGGUAUUUGUUUAGAACACUUUUCUCUUUGGAAAGUCGGAUUCUGUGGUCCAUUUUACAAAGAACCCUGGGCUUUAUAAAAUGCACUGGAAAUGCUCAAAUUUUGUUGUUUAAAUGAUAAAGGAAUUGAUGAAAACGCCCAAUCCAUCUCUAUUUCACUGCCCUUUUGUAAACUUCUUUUUAAAAAUUGUACCAAUAAUAUACCAGUAAUAACCAAGUGAAGUUGCACUACUUUUUCAAAAUGUGCUUCUAGCAGCAAUGGCACAAUUUGUAUAUUAUCAUCCCGUGUUACUUGAUCAUUUAGUUCAAUGCUUUGCUUUUGAAUUGAUAUUUAUUUGGCUCUAUUGCCAGGUAAGUAUUAUGUUUCAAAACAGUGUGUGUAAGCCCUGCUUCACACUAUCACCCAUUUGAAAGUUGUUUAUGAAAAUCAUCUUUUUAUUUGUCACUGCAUGAAGUUCCUCCCUUUUUUUUUACUGUUUCCAUUCUUAUACUAUAUAAGGCUUGGUUUCUUGCAGCAUCUUCCUGUUAUACAUUAUUUCACUGUGUGUUAUUGAUCAUUUUAACUCCAUCCUUCAUAGCUAUCAAAUGUAAGUCAUCACACAUAUGACAUUCUGGUUUUCUGUGUGUACUUGGUUGAACACAGGAGAGAAUAAUAAAACAGUUAAACCCUA